AAGGUUGUGUUGCCCUUUGCCCUAGAAAAGCAGGUAUUUGCAAAUCGCAAUAGAUUAGAAGUAAAAAGAACUGAAAUUCUGCUGUUAAAGGCGCUUCCACUGUCUUCGAAGCGAGAUCGUUCUACAAAGCCGGCACUAAUAGACUUUAAACGAGGUUCUUACUACUGUCAGGCCUAAAUCGGCGCCAUGGCGGCAGCGGAUGUUAAAGUAAAUGCCGAAGUGCGCGACUUGACGCGCAUAGAGCGGAUAGGCGCGCACUCCCAUAUUCGUGGCUUGGGCUUGGACGAUGCUUUGGAAGCACGCGCCGUAUCACAAGGCAUGGUGGGCCAGGCGAAGGCUCGUAAGGCCGCAGGCGUGAUCUUGCAAAUGAUCAAAGAGGGAAAGAUUGCUGGGCGAGCCAUGCUUUUGGCCGGACAGCCUGGGACUGGGAAGACCGCUAUCGCCAUGGGCAUGGCGAAGGCGCUUGGGGAGGAGACACCUUUUGCGAUGAUGACCGGGUCCGAAAUUUUCUCGCUGGAGAUGUCGAAAACAGAGGCACUUACGCAGGCCUUCCGCAAGGCCAUUGGCGUGCGCAUUAAGGAGGAGACGGAGAUCAUUGAGGGCGAGGUGGUGGAGGUUGAGAUUGACCGGCCGGAGGGCGGCAACGUAGCAAAGACGGGCCGGCUCACGCUCAAAACCACGGAGAUGGAGACCAUCUACGACCUGGGGCAAAAGAUGAUCGAGUCGCUGACCAAGGAGAAGGUCACGGCGGGCGACGUCAUCACGAUUGACAAGGCGUCAGGUCGCAUUACCCGACUGGGGCGGUCCUUCGCGCGGUCAAGAGACUACGACGCCAUGGGCCCCUCCACCAAGUUCGUGCAGUGCCCCGAGGGCGAGCUGCAGAAGCGCAAGGAGGUGGUGCACGUGGUGACGCUGCACGAGAUUGACGUCAUCAACAGCCGCACGCAGGGCUUCCUGGCGCUCUUCUCGGGCGACACGGGCGAGAUCCGCUCGGAGGUGCGCGAGCAGAUCGACGCCAAGGUGGCGGAGUGGCGCGAGGAGGGCAAGGCGGAGAUCGUGCCGGGUGUGCUGUUCAUCGAUGAGGUGCACAUGCUGGACAUCGAGUGCUUCUCUUUCCUCAACAGGGCACUCGAAAACGACAUGGCGCCCAUCCUGGUGACUGCCACCAACCGCGGCAUCACGCGCAUCCGCGGCACGCAGUACCGCUCGCCGCACGGUGUGCCCAUCGACCUGCUGGACCGCCUGCUCAUCAUCUCCACGGAGCCCUACAGCGAGAAGGAAAUCCGCCUCAUCCUGGACAUCAGGUGCGAGGAGGAGGACGUGGAGAUGACGGAGGACGCCAAGGAGCUGCUCACAAAGAUCGGCUUCGAGACCAGCCUGCGCUACGCCAUCCAACUAAUUACUGCGGCGGCCAUCGUGUGCCAGCGGCGCAAGGGAACGGAGGUGGACAUCGAGGACAUCAGCAAGGUGUACAGCAUGUUUGUGGACGUGAAGCGCAGCACGCAGUUCUUGAUAGAGUACCAGGAGCAGUACAUGUACAACGAGGUGCCGGUCGGGGACGGGGAGGAGAUGGAGACGUCGACGUGAGAGGGAGCUGCGUCGUGGCUGGGAUAAAGCUAGGCGAGUUUGUGUAACCGCAGUUGCUGUCGGGUUUUUCGUGGCCUAGGCACCGGUAAGCGCGGCCAGGUUCUCUGGAUGGGAUUGCCUUGGCCGCGGCCUCCGUGGGCCUAGCAUACGAAGCAGGGCUGUAAGGAUUGUGCUUAGGAUAUGGGGGCGUCUAUAGGGACGGCACUGGAGGCGGAUUCCGGGUUUACUUCAUACUGCUAAAUGUUUGGCAGUACUCAUGAGUGUACGUUGCGCGGUUGGCAGGCCUAACCGAUAUGCGUGCUGUACGCUUUCGAUCCAAACGGGUAACGGACAACAACUACAGCACGUUGCCUGGGCCUUCCCUACUGCGCGCCCGACCUCGGAAGCUCGUCCAAAUCACGUGCUACCGAACACCGGCAAUCUUCUUCUUCCCUUCUUCUUUCCUUGGCACAAGUGUUGUAAAGGUU